GGAGCGGCGCAGAGCGUUCUCGGCGCAGAGCACAGCGGGCCAGCGUCGGGGCCGCCGGGGGACGCCGGCUGGGGGUCGGGCCGCACGGGAGCCAAGCCGGAGGUCGGCCUGGGAGUCUGACCUGGGCAGGGAGCAGCUAUGGCGCCGCAGAGGGCCGGGGCCCGCGCCGCUGCGGGCAGCCUGGGCGCCGAGUAGCCGGGCCGGGCCGGAGCACGGGCGGGCGGCGGCGGCGGCAGUGGCGGCGGCGGCGGCGGCGGCGGCAGCCCGGGCCCCCCCGCCCUCCCAGGCCCCGCGCCCCGCGCCCGGGCCGCCGGCGAUGGUGACACAUGAGGCGGCGGCGCGCCGGCGGCAGGACCAUGGUUGAGCGCGCCAGCAAGUUCGUGCUGGUGGUGGCGGGCUCGGCGUGCUUCAUGCUCAUCCUGUACCAGUACGCGGGCCCGGGGCUGAGCCUGGGCGCGCCUGGCGGCCGCGCGCCACCCGACGACCUAGACCUCUUCCCCACGCCCGACCCACACUACGAGAAGAAGUACUACUUCCCGGUGCGCGAGCUGGAGCGCUCGCUGCGCUUCGACAUGAAGGGCGACGACGUGAUCGUCUUUCUGCACAUCCAGAAGACCGGCGGCACCACCUUCGGCCGUCACCUCGUUCAGAACGUGCGCCUCGAGGUCCCCUGCGACUGCCGCCCGGGCCAGAAGAAGUGCACCUGCUACCGGCCCAACCGCCGCGAGACCUGGCUCUUCUCCCGCUUCUCCACCGGCUGGAGCUGCGGGCUGCACGCCGACUGGACCGAACUCACCAACUGCGUGCCCGGCGUCCUGGACCGCCGCGACCCCGCCGCCUUGCGCACGCCAAGGAAGUUCUACUACAUCACGCUGCUGCGGGACCCGGUGUCACGCUACCUGAGCGAGUGGCGGCACGUGCAGCGCGGGGCCACGUGGAAGACAUCGCUGCACAUGUGCGACGGGCGCACGCCCACGCCCGAGGAGCUGCCACCCUGCUACGAGGGCACCGACUGGUCGGGCUGCACACUGCAGGAGUUCAUGGAUUGCCCCUACAACCUGGCCAACAACCGCCAGGUGCGCAUGCUGGCCGACCUGAGCCUGGUGGGCUGCUACAACCUGUCCUUCAUCCCCGAGGGCAAGCGCGCGCAGCUCCUGCUGGAGAGCGCACGUAAGAACCUGCGCGGCAUGGCCUUCUUCGGCCUCACUGAGUUCCAGCGCAAGACGCAGUACCUGUUCGAGCGGACGUUCAACCUCAAGUUCAUCCGGCCCUUCAUGCAGUACAACAGCACGCGCGCGGGCGGCGUGGAGGUGGACGAGGACACCAUCAGGCGCAUCGAGGAGCUCAACGACCUGGACAUGCAACUCUACGACUACGCCAAGGACCUCUUCCAGCAGCGCUACCAGUACAAGCGGCAGCUGGAGCGGCGCGAGCAGCGCCUGCGCAGCCGCGAGGAGCGCCUGCGCAGCCGCGCGCGGGAGGCGCCGCGGGAGGACGCGGAGGACGCAGGCCGCGUGCCCACCGAGGAUUACAUGAGCCACAUCAUCGAGAAGUGGUAGUGGCGGCGCCGGGGCGGGGAGCGGAAAAGGGGGUGGGCGAGGCGGGGCGUACCCCACACUGGCACUCUCGUGGGAAGGCCCCCGGGGCAGAAGGCAGGGUGGAGCCGGGCGUCUUCUGUUGUCCCCACCACCUGAGUGAUCGGUGUGCCACAGGCACGGGAGAUAAGGAAGGGGGAAGCUGCUAGCCGGAGCCUUGGCACGCUAGGGGCCCGGGCCAGCGGUGUCUCCGUUCUCCUCGCCACCACGGCCCUGUCACAGACUUCUGAAGGCUUGCAAAGGACACAGACAUUGGAGAGGGGGCAUGCAGGGCCCACAGGGAGUCCCACGCCAACUAUGCACGUACCUGCUCUCUCCCCGUCACCCAGGCUGCGAGGGGCAAGGGACCAGCUCUAAGCGAGUGCUCUGAAGCCCCUUUGUGUCUGGAGGUACCGGUGUCCCAGGGCCUAGGCCGUGCCCUCUCAGGAGCACAGGCAGCCAAGGGGUUCAGACUUAGAGCUCGCUGGCACCCAUCCACAGCUGCUUCAAGGCCAGGAGCCACCCCAGUGAAACUCUCUGGACAGCCCUCUCCUCUUCGGCCUGUGGCCAAUACCUACAUCUAGCCAGGCAGACCUAACUCAGAUAGGAAGUGAGUGGGUAACGAGAGCCCCUUCUAGCCCUGUUCUUUCUGGUCCUCGGUCCCUAGCACCCAGUCGCUGAGAGGUUGAUUCAAGGGCUCCCAUACCACCCUCCCACAGCCCUGGGUGUAAAUGUACACUCAAGCUUCCAUUGGCUGGAAGGCGACCACAACCUGCCUGUGAGC